ACCAAGUUCUUCGUUGCAGCGAGUUGCCAAGAUUGUCGUCACCAAAACCUAAAGCGAAACCCAGGCAUUGGAGCAUCCCCACAUCAGAAUCGAAUCUAUUGCGAUGUGCUCUGUGGAUGCAUAGAAAGAAAGCAGACUGCAGUUGCAAACAGUAAGGUGCUUCAACCAAACAAGAUUGCUUCCGGAAAUAGUCUCCAACAUCUCUGGUUGCUUUGCUCACAACUUUGGAAACACAAACGCCAAAAGCCCCAACUACAAACACACGCGCCCACCUGAACCAUGAACGUUACUGCCAUUAAUCACCGAUUCAUUUCAAGCCGCAAAAGGCUCAGCAGCUCCAGCCUCACCUCAGAGACCGUCAAUUGUGACGAUAGCGUCUCCCUGAACUCCCUUGAAGAGGGACGUGGAUGCGGAGACUAUGCUGCCCUCAACAAACCCCUGUUGAUGGAAACGCCCGCAGCGAUGUCGAGGACUUGGAUGGAUUUCAUCCUGGAACCCACCAUCAGCAAGGGCCGCUUCUCCGUGCCCCUGCAGAGUGAAGCAAGGCCAUGGCUCAAAUAUCUAAUCUUGCUUCCCAUGUGCACAUUCUCGUACAUGCUCUUCUUCUCGUACUACUGGGCACCUCUCCUUGUCAAGAACGGAGCUUUGCAAUUCUUUGAGAACCUUUUGCGAAUGAACCAGUUCACCAUGCUCCUUCUUGGCGCGCUUGUCGCCCUUGGAGUUGCCUGCGAUGUCAUUGCUGAUAUUACAACUGGCAUCAUGUUGCUUCGUGGCCGCAGACGCCGCCACCUGCCAGAUCACAUUCCCCGUCUUACCCAUGCUGUCAUUGUGUGCAACUACAAGGAACCCUUGGAGACACUCAGGGCCACCAUUCAGAGCAUUGCCGACAACACUCUUGCAGACAACACCAUUGUCGUUCUCGCAUGCGAGGAACGUGACCCCACUGCAAACUCUACCUUCCAGUGCCUGGAUCAAGAGUUUGCUUCGUCCUUCUGUGCUUUCUUCAAGACCAGCCACAAGCUAGCUGAAGGAGAGAUUAUCGGGAAGAGCAGCAACGAGAACUUUGCUUGUCAAGAACUAUUCAAGUUUGUGCAGCAGCAAGGCAUGGACCCGUUCCAAGUCAUGGUCACCACCUGCGAUGCUGACAGUCUGUUCGAUCGCGUCUUCUUCGAGCAAGUCGAGGCUGAAUAUUGCCGAAUGCCUGAUGGACGACGCUUCAUCUACAACUCUCCGAUCAACACAUACCGCAACCUUCCAGAGUGCAAUGGCUUGGUCCGAGCCUUUGAAGUCUUGCGCUGUCAGUUCGAUACCUUCAAUGGAAUGACCGGUUUCCGUCCCGCCCAGUCAAACUACUCCCUCACUCUUGGAUUCGCCCACGAGAUGAACUUCUGGGAUCCCUCCAAUACUUCCGAAGACUUCCAUACUACCUUGAAGGCCAUGGCCAUGACAGGACUGGGCGAGUCUGUUGUGGUCAAAGUCUGGUCUCUAAUCCUCAAUGACUCAGUCACAGGCUUUCAAGACCGCUGGAUCCAAGCCAAGAGGCACAUGUGGGGCAUCGAGGAGGCAGCCUUUGUUGCAUCCCUGUUCCCCGUGAUCCGCCUGAACCAGUGGCUUGUCAUGUUUGGACGUGUUUGUAGCCAAAUGUUUGGCGUGUGCAUUCCUCUCUUCCUCUACUUCCUCUUCCGUCCCAUCCGAGACAUUUUCUUCGCCCUCGGUCCUGAGACCCAAUACUUGAUUGUCGGUUCGUACUUGGCUGUGACUCUUUACAACUGGGUCAAGAUGAUCAUCCGAGAGCUCUUCUUGUAUCGCUACAUCUUGUCUGGUCGUUCCUUGAUGAUGAAACGUUCACUUGGAGAGUGGUUGCAGCUCAUCUUCUUCUGGCCAGUGAUGGUACAGGUGGCAAGUAUCAUCUUUGCAACUUGUGCUACGUGGAGAAUGCUGAUCCAUGCCGUCUUUCACGAAACAUUGACCUACGUCACAGCCCCCAAAGCGCUGAACACACUUACCGUUACCCAUGCCAACGAUACCGGAGACGUCAAGCCGAAGAAGGGCAUCUAAACAAUGCACUUUCAGUUCAUACAGGUCCACAAAAGCAGGUACAACACUUCAUGUUGCAUUAUUCCAACCAAAUCAAAUACAUAAGUCCAAUUCUUAGCUUGAUCUGUACGGUAGCCUCUAC